AUGGCUGAAAAUAUUAUUACUCAAGUAAGUGAAGAUUCUUACGAUAUCAAUGCAGGAGGGUACGAUGAUAGUAAUAGUAAUAUUGAUUAUAAUUCCAAGAUUCAUUUAAACAUUCGAGGAUCAGAAUUCACUAUAACGAGAGAUGAAUUGAUGAGUCUACCUGAGAGUAUAUUAUUAUGUCUUUUCCCCAAUGGAGUAUUUUUAGAUGCUAACGGACAAGUAAUUACGAAUUUAACUGAAGAAGAUGUUGUUUAUGUAAAUUUCGAUCCUGAGUGUUUUGAAUAUAUUAUUAAUUCUUUUAAUGAUGCUCAAAAGGAUUUAAGUGAUUUACCACCACCAUCACCUCAAAGUAAUCAUAAUUAUCGUCAUCAACAAGAAAAUAAUGCUAAUUUUUUACAAAAUAAACCGGCCAUUAUUGUUUUAAGAGAAGAUUUAGAUUAUUAUGUGAUUCCUCCAGUUGCUGGUUUGACUGCUGAUCAAAUUAAAAGUUUAAAAUUAUCUGUGGGUAAUAAAUUAGUCGAAAAUAAGCUAAUUUUCUCUGGUUUGGGUUUCAAUCCAAAUUUACCUUCAAACGUUCACCAAAGUUUAGGUCCGGCAGAACAACAUCUUUUCGAUAUGUUAUGUACUUCUGGUUUUGAUCAUCUGGAGCUUUGGGGCAGUAGAUCAACGGAACCUUCCAAAUGUGUCAUUCUGUCAUUAUCGUUAGUACGUCUAAAAACUGAUCCUCCUACUCCUCCUGAAUCUCCUUCUUUACAACCAGUCAGUUCCAAUGCAUCAACUAGUUCAAGAUCAAGAUCUCGUUUUUCUAAUUUGGCUACAAGUGCUACUAGGGCUGCUUCCAGGUCCUUAUCAAGAGCUAAAAAAAAUUCUGAUCCAAAUCAAACUAAAUUAUUACUUUUUUGGAGGAAACCUGCCAGAAAAUGCUGGUGGACUAAUGAAUCAGUCAAUCUUGAUAUCGAAAUACCUAAUCUUGAUAAACCUAUAAGUGUUAAAGUUCAUAUAAGAAGAGUUUGGACUUUAGAAUUAUCAGUUAUUGGCGUUCAAUAA